AUGGAUUGGCUGAACCAUUUGAAGAAGCCGCAGCUAUAUGCGGUGCUGGCGCAGGCGUUAUUGGGAGCGAGCACGGGGCAUGUGACUGUAGCGAGGGUGCCUAAAGACGGAUGGUUCUGUAGGGAGCAUGGCGUGUGGCAUGCGGUUGGGGAGGAUUGUGAGGGAAGGGAGGGGUCUGGAGGUGUUUCGGGUGGUGGUGGGGGUGGUUUGGGAAGUGGUGAGGGAUUGGGGGGUGUGGAGAGGGAAAGGGAAGAGGGGAGUGUUGGGAGGGGUGGGUUGGGUCCUCGGGCGGGAGAAGGGAUGGGGAACGGUGGGGUUGGGGUUGAGAGUGGUGGGGAGGACAGGCGAAACGGUCAACUUUCCGGGUUAAGCGGGCAACAGAGAGAAGAUUCUUCAGGUGAAUCUCAGGUGAAUGGUCAGGUGGACACGCAGCAGCCACUGCUGCAGCAGACAGGAAGGAACACGUGGCAUGAGCUGGAUGAGGCUGACGUGUGGCCACCUCAGCUGGAGAGCCACGUCAGCUGGGCAUCUGCCAGCGUGGCUGCUGCUCCCAGCAGUGACACUGGCAGCACGCACGGCAGCGGCGGGGGGGUGACCCUCAGAAGCUUGGGUGGUGGCGUUGGGGCCGCUGAUGCCUUCGCUGCUGCUGCUAGUAGGGCGGGACUGGGGCUGCGUGUUGGGCUUGUUGCUGCAGCAGGCGCAGGGGGAUUAGGCGGAGCAGGGGGGGUAGGAGGAGGUGGGGUAGCAGUGGGAGGGCCGGUGAUGCGAAGGACACCGUCGAUUCGCGUGCAGAACCUGGUGUCCUGGGAAGAGACUCCCCAUGAGGGCUUGCCGGAGCAUGGGGCUGGGGGCGUUGCAGGGAUGGGAGAUGGAGCAGCGGCAGCAGGUGGUGCUGGGGCAGCAGCAGGGGCAGAGGCAGGCGUGGGUGGGGGGGGAGGAGAAGGGGCAGGGGCAGCUGUGGGGGAAGGAGGCGGAGGGGGUGGGGUGAGCCUAGAGCGGGCUGGAAGGAGGCAGCGGAUGGGAGGGUGGUGGGGGAGGGGCGUGCGGGUGAAUGAAGCAGGGGCUGGAGGUAUAGGGACCAGUGGUGCUGGUGCGGGUGUAGGGGAUGCAGGAGCGGGAAUGGGGGCAGCAGAGCAGCAGCAGCAGCAGCAGCAGCUGCAGCAGUACCAGCAGCAGGAGCAGGGGCAGCAAGGGGGUGUGAGCGGGGGUGGGGAGGAAUGCGUAGAGGCGCGGAUGAACAUGGGAGCGCUGAGCCUGGCGUUUCAGAAGCAUCUGGCGCUGCUGGUGCGAGCAGAGAGCAGCCGCAGCAGCGAGGCUCUGAGGCUGCUGGUUUGCUCCGAGGCAGUCCCUUCCAUUUUGAGCUGGCUUACCAGCGCUGAGAGCACGAGGGAGGAUCAGAUGCUGCUGCGGCAGCUGCUAAUGGCAGUGCGAGUGGCGGCAAGUGAGGAGGCGGGGGGGCUGGACUGGUGGAGCGGCGUCAAGUGCUUCUACUCCAAACGAGUCACCUUCAAACGGGACAAAGCAGCCCCUGUGGCUUCGGCUCCCACUCCCACCCCCGCACCUACCACCAUUGAACUCGCCCCGACCGUUCGCGUGGAAGCCUCUGAGAUGGAAGCUGCUCAGUCGGAAGCAGCAGCUCGCGUGGCAGUUGCUGCGUCGGCGGAGCUCGCUGCAGGGGAGGCGAAUGGCGGAGAUGCGCGUGCCGAUGGCGGAGCUUUGUGCGCGGAUAGCGGCGCGCGCGUGGAUGAAGAGAAAGGGGAACGUGGAGACACUGGGGAAGGCAGAAUAGGGGAGAAAAACGGAGAGGUAGGGGGAGAAAAUGGGGUCGGAGAAAGCGGAGAAACGGGGAAAGGCGGAGAAAAGCGGGAAGGCGGAGAAAAACGUGAAGGCGGGGAGGAAGGUGAAGGGGGCGCGAGUGCGCAGGACGCUAAGCCAGCAUCGAAUAACGUCACUAACGGGGACGCGACCGCGCAGGACGGCAAGCCGCUGUCGAAGAACGCGCAGAAGAAACUGGCGAAGCGGCAGGCGAUGCAGGAGCGGAAGGAGCGCGCGCGCGAGGAGGCGCGAAUCGCGCGCGAGGCGCAGCAGAAGCGCGCGGAGCAGGAGGCGGCGGCCGCGGAGGCGAGCAUGACGGCGGAGGAGCGCGCGGAGGCCGCCGCGCGGCAGCGCGAGAAGGCGGAGGCGCGGCGGGUGGCGGAGGCGGAGAGGCGGAAGGCUUGGGCGGAAAAGGCGGAAAAGGGUCCGGGGUUGAUCAUUGACUUGGAAUUUGAGGAGCUGAUGGGGGAGAGAGAGUUGUCGAGCCUGCAGCAGCAGGUGAGGGAUGUAGAGGGCGCGAGCCCCUUCCUGCACCGCCUGCAGCGAAUUGCCGGCUUCGACAGCUGGCACGGCGUGACUGUGGAGCCGCGUUCCUAUAUCGAAGCCUGGGCAGGGCGGGAGGGGGAACUGGUGUAUUUGACUGCUGAUGCGGAGGAGGAGGUGGGGGAGGUGGAAGCGGGGAAGGUGUAUGUGGUGGGGGGGAUAGUGGAUCACAAUCGGUACAAGGGACUGACUAAAGGGAAGGCGGAGAAGCAAGGGAUCAAGAUGGCGAGAUUGCCGAUUGGGAAAUACCUCAACUUGAAGACUUCCAAGGUAUUGGCUGUGAACCACGUGGUAGAUACUAUUCUGCAGUACCUGCACCACAGGGACUGGGAGAAGGCAGUGGCGGCUGUUGCUGGCACGGAUGACUCGGCGCGCUUCACGAGCUUCGAGCGCGAGCAGGAGGGCAAUGAUGCGGAGGAAAGGCGGCGGACGGCAGCUGGGCGGCAGGCCGGUGGGCGGCCGGGCGUGUCGUUUUCUGCAGCUGGCCGGAACGGCGACAACAAUUUCAACGGCGUGUUCCUGCUGCUUCUGCUGAACCUUCUGGCGUUCCUAGCGGAUCACUUUCUACGGCUCCCAGUGUGGUCGUCCCUCUACCUGCACCACGCCUCUCCGCGCUGGUACCAGUUCGUCACCUCAACAUUCUGUCAUGCUGGCUGGAGCCAUCUCUCCAGCAACCUCUUCUUCCUCUACAUAUUCGGUCGGCUAGUGGAGGAGGAGGAGGGAACGCUAGGCCUAUGGGUGACGUACCUUGUGACAGGAGCAGGUUCCAAUCUCGUCUCCUGGCUGCUCCUCCCAUCGUACACCGUCUCUGUUGGUGCCUCUGGUGCUGUCUUCGGUCUCUUCGUCGUUAGUGUGCUCACUCGGCUGCAAUGGAACUGGAGAAGGAUCGUGGAAGUGGUCAUUCUGGGGCAGUUUGUGGUGGAGAAGGUGAGAUGA